GUGUGUAGCAGGGAAGUAACACUUUUUAAUAAUAAAUUUGGAACUAAGAUCCCUAAUCUUGAAAACCCUAGGCUCUCCAAUUCGACGAGGACAAAAGAAGAUGUUGCCGUUCCUGGGAAACACCUUGGCUAAGUCUUGCCGCAAGGGGAGGCUGCAGUGUCGUGAUUUUUCAUCCGUGAGUGAGAAAGCUGUCUCGAAAGUUUAUCGAUACUGCUUCACAGCGGUCUUUGGUGGUGCUGGAUUCCUGCUCGGUGGUGUGACAACAAGCCCCGUCUCUAAGGGGCUCCGGGAAUAUGAAGAGGUCUCCAACGUCUGGAAAAAAUGGAGGCCAGGAGGGGCAAGUGGAUUUCCUCUCUUAAAGAGAAAACCAAGUGACGGUAAUUGGUUGCGUCUGUUUGUUUCUGUUUUGUCUAUGUUUGCAGCCGUUGAUGAACACAUUAUCUGCCAAUCACUGUAAUAACUACUUCAUGGUUGUGUCUUAUAAAAUAUUUCUGUUAUAUGUGGCGCUUAGAUUGUGGCUAGAGGAGAAUUGUUUUGUAGAAAAUGAAAUUUCCACCCUUAAGAUUAGGUUUUGUGCUCUG